AUACAAAUAAUCAUGUUUUUCAAUGUUUAAAAAUGAAAAAAAUUACAUACAAUACAACUUGUGAAGAAACAACAGAUUCUGAAUUGGUUACAAAAAAAUUUAUGCAGAAAAAAGAAUUUAUUGAUGCAAAUGAAUUUACAAACAAAGUUAAUAAAAUUAAUACUGAUAUUAUACAUGAUAUUAAAACUCCAGUUUUAAAUCACAAUCAAGUAAAUCAUUUAUCAAAAGAAAAUGAAUAUUUUCAAUCAAUACCUCAAUCUAAUAUAAUUAUUAAUAAUCAAAAUCAAUCCUUAUAUCAAAAUUACAAAACAAAUAUCUAUGAAACAAGAGGAAAAAAUAAAUCUGAGCAAUAUUUACCUUGUAUAAAAAAUGAAUGUACCAGAAAACUUUGUCGCAAUUCUGAACCAUAUAUUACAUUUAAACAAAAAAAGGCAUCAGCUAGAUUUUCUAGAAAAGCUAAAUCUUAUUUUCAAAAGAAUUCUCAUUCAGCAUUGAUAGAUUCUGAUUAUACUUUAGUAUGGCCUAAUUGUCAAUAUAAUAAAUAUAAACGUAAUCAAACAAACAUUCAUAAAUUCGGUAAUCAUAAGGCAAGAAAAAUGAGUCAACACUUUAAUCCUGUUCCUGUACACGAACAAAAUAUGUGUACGCAAAUUGAUAAUGUUUCAAAUUUCAUUGAAAAUAAUUAUUUGCAAAACAACAAACAUAUAAUUUCAAGACAAGAUAUUACUAAAAGUUUGUCAAAAAUAUGUUUGCAAAGAGAACGUUGCAAAUAUGAAACAUCUCCAAGAUCAAAUAUAGAUGAUAUAUUUGAAAGAUCAAAAAGAAUUUCUCCAAAAACCCAAGAAUUAUUAAAUAAAAGUUAUUGGGAAUACUAUAAUAGAUUGAGACAUAAAAUAGAGAACACAAACAGUAUUGAACAGCAAUAUCCGUAUAAUUUAACAAUGGGUAUACCUGAAAAAGGAAAACAGGGAAAAACAAAUGAAGUAUAUGGUAAAGAAUUAAAAAAUCAGUUAAAAAUUAAUCCUGAACUGCAAACAUUACAACAAUGUACAGCUCUUUCUACUGCCAUAAAUAAAGCAUUAGAUUCAAAUCUUGAAUCAAAUAUUAUGCAAACAAAACAAUUAUAUAUAAAUGAUAAUAUCAAAGUAAAUCACAAAGAUGGUAUACAAAAUUCUAAUACAAAAAAGAUUUCACAUUUAAAUAGUAACGAACCUAUAGUUAAUAAAUUAAGAUAUAAUGGAAAUAAAAAUGAUAAACAGUUUUUAGAACUUAAAUCUAUUAGUAAGUAUUUAUUUUAUUUAAUUUAA